UCAAAUAUACUCUCUCCUGUUUUAGAGAGAGAGAGGGAGAGGGAGAGAGAGAGAGGAAAACAGAGCCUUCCCUUGGCAAGAUCAUUGUUUUUUUUAAAAAAGAUUGGAUUUUUUUGGCAGGAAAAGAUGUUCUUGGCUUGUCUUAAUCGCUAAAUUCUUCUGGGUCUGGAGAAAAAACCCUGCUUUUGAAGCUUGGAUCGGUUAAAAAAUGGAGAAUUUGGUGAAGAGCUGUGCAGAAAUUGAGAAGAAAAGAAACGGAGCGAAUCACUCGGCGACUGAGUCGGAGACGGGAUCGAAGGAGAGUAGAAGCUCGAGCGGGUCGAGCUGCGAGAGUUCCGGCGGCGAUUCGUCUUUGCCGCCGCCGCGGCCGCAGCUUCUGGGCUGGCCGAUUAGGAAAGCUGCUUUGGGGAAGAAUUCAGAGGAAAAUGGGAAAAGAGACGAGAAGAAAUCCAACCCUUUGGUUGGUUCUGGGUUUGAAAGGAAGGAGAUCAGUAUCUCAGAGGUGGAAUUGAUGAAAGAGAGAUUUGCAAAGCUGCUGCUUGGUGAAGACAUGUCAGGGUCCGGUAAAGGAGUUUGCACGGCUUUAGCCAUCUCCAACGCCAUCACCAAUCUCUGUGCUACGAUCUUCGGGCAACUAUGGAGAUUGGAGCCUCUGUCCAGUGAAAAAAAAGCCAUGUGGAGAAGGGAAAUGGAGUGGCUUCUCAGUGUUAGUGAUCACAUCGUGGAACUGACACCUUCGACUCAAACUUUCCCAGAUGGGAAAAAGCUUGAGGUCAUGACUUGCAACCCAAGAUCAGAUAUUUUCAUCAAUCUCCCGGCACUUCGCAAACUAGACACUCUCCUUCUGGAAAUAUUGGACAGUUUCAAGGAAACCGAGUUCUGGUACGUUGAUCAAGGGAUUGUGGAUUCAAAAACUGAUGGCUCAGCCUCUUUCCGGAGAAGAACGAUGCAACGUCAAGAGGAGAAGUGGUGGUUGCCGGUACCACGCUUACCUCCCAAUGGCCUGAGUGAAACCACAAGAACUGAAUUGAAUCACGUGCGUGAAUGUGUGACACAGAUACUGAAAGCUGCAAUGGCCAUUAACGGCACUGCCUUGUCCGAAAUGGACAUUCCCGACUCAUAUCUCGUUGCCCUUCCGAAGAAUGGAAGAUCCUGCCUCGGAGAAGUUAUUUACAGAUACAUAACCUCUGUUCAGUUUUCUGCCGAGUGCCUUCUUGAUUGCCUUGAUCUAUCCUCUGAACACAUAGCUCUAGAUAUCGCAAACCGUGUUGAAGCUUCGAUACACGUUUGGAAGCGGAGAGUUAACAACCCUUCGAGCUCUACCUCGAAGUCAUCGUGGGAAAUGGUGAAAGACCUGAUGGUGGAUGGUGACAAAAGGGGAAUGCUCGUGGAAAGAGCGGAAAGCCUCUUGCUUUGCUUGAAGCAACGAUUCCCCGCUUUAACGCAAACCUCUCUCGACAUCAGCAAGAUUCAAUACAACAAGGACAUUGGAAAAUCAAUCCUCGAGAGCUAUUCGAGGGCAGUAGAGAGCUUGGCAUACAACGUAGUGGCACGCAUCGACGAUUUGCUCUACGUGGAUGACUUGACAAAGCAAUCAGAUGAGAAGCUUUCAAGGAUUCCUCCCAUGGUGACAAUCCCAUACUAUGUGCCUUCCUCAGGCACUCCCUACAAGAAAACCAUCUCCACUCCAAGCUUCUCUCCCAUGAAAGCUCCUUUGAUUAGCCCCUUUAGAGCAGAGACGACAACAACAACAACUCCUUCCCUCUCCAGCAAGAACAGUGAAAAGCCUCCACGCCGUGGAUUUGGGGUGAGAAGGGUCUUGACCAAUUAUCUUGGCAUUGAUCCAAAGCCAAAGAUAUGUGCAAAUCCGUCUGAAAAUCCGUAUUCUACGGUAAACCAGAACGGUGGAGAACGAUCAAAGCCGAAAAUGGAUUCAUCAGUUCAUCAAAGCUGUCCCCACAGGCAUACUGUCUCUUGAGGUUCCUCCAAAGAUGAGUAGAAGAGAGAAGCAACAAGAAAGUCCUUAUAAAUGUAAAGUUUAAUUAUGUAGUGAUUGUUGAUUUGUUUUGUUUUCACGCACACUAUUUCGAGACAAUUACAUGUGGGUUUGUGGUGAGGCAGUUGGUUUUUCAAUUAAUUUGUUAUAUAGAUUA